AUGGAUCGGCGGCAUCAUGGAAAGCUAGGUUUCGAGAUGCUCCAAUUGUAUCGCAAUUCAUUUGCCAAUAUUAAGCUAAUUAUAAUCGAUGAGAUCAGCAUGAUUGGUGCAAACAUUUUGAACACUGUUCAUACGCGACUGCAAAAUAUUAGUGGCAACUAUGAUGAUGCUUUUGGCGGAAAAGACAUUUUACUAUGUGGAGAUUUUCGACAGUUACCGCCAGUAAAUGCUAGAGCCCCGUUUAAACCUGUGAACAAUUCCUUAGGAGAUGCUUCACUCUGGCAGUCUUUGAAAUUCUUCCCACUGCGUCAAGUUAUGCGACAAAGUGACACUGAAUUCUCAUCCAUACUCACAAAAAUCGGAAACGGCGAACAAUUAUCGGAUGACGAGACUAAAGUCAUUGAGGGGAGAUUCCGUACAGCUGAAUGGUGCCAGGAAAAUGUACCGAACGCAAUUCGCUUAUUCCAUAGGAACACCGAUGUAGAAGCAUUCAAUCAGAAAACAUUGAGUCUUCGGCAAGGAUUAGAUCAUACUGCUGAGGAUGUAAUAACUGGACAUAGAGAUGCUACCCAGCUGACGAGUGCCCGCACCAAACUAUAUCGCAUGAGCGUCGCUGAAACCGGAUGCCUUCCGUACAUGUUACGAUUGGUUGUGGGAAUGUCGUAUAUGAUAACUUGUAACAAGUAUGCAUAUUAA